AUGAGACUGAACAAGGCUGCUCGAGUUAUCCUCUUUGGUGCACCUGGCGUUGGUAAAGGAACCCAGAGCGAGCGGUUGCUCGCGCGCUUCCCGCAACUCAACUCUGUCAGCACUGGCGACCUCCUCCGUCGAAAUGUCAAGGAAAGGACACCUCUCGGCAUCAAGGUCGAGACUACGAUGAAGUCUGGCGGUCUUGUCGCCGACGAUCUCAUCUUGCGACUCAUUUCCAACGAACUCUAUACUCGCGGAUGGCUGGCUAGUCGAGGACCCGUCAUGACCCUCGCAUCCGAGGCGACCGCAAUCGGCCAACAUUCGUACGAUGGGGCCCCUCCCGUGGACUCAUUCAUCAGCAAUCCCUCCCUCUUUGACCAACAUGUCCCGCCACGAGUCUCCGAAGACCCUAACGCCUCCUUUAUCCUCGACGGUUUCCCCCGAACAGCCGCCCAGGCUGCUCCUCUCGACAAGCUGAUCCCCAUCAACCUUGUCGUUUCCCUCAAGACACCUGUAUCUGUUAUCCUGGAGCGAAUCGCUGGUCGCUGGGUUCACGAGCCAUCGGGCCGAGUCUACAACACUUCCUUCAAUGCGCCUCGCGUCCCCGGAAUUGACGAUGUUACUGGAGAGCCUCUCAUCCAGCGCGCUGAUGACUCGGAGGAAGUCUAUCGCGCUCGCUUCAAGAAGUUCCAGGAGACGAGCGAGCCUGUUCUCAACCACUACGCCCAGAAGGGCGUUCUCGUCGAGAUUGAGGGCAUGAGCAGCGACGAGAUCAGCCCCAAGCUGUUCCACGAGUUUGAGAAGCGCUUUGUCGACUAA